CGGCGGGCGAGCAGAGGCGACCGAGGGGCUGGUCCAGGCGCGGCCGCUAAGAGGAGACCAAGAGGCGGGGGCUGCACUUGACAACCAGCAUGCCGAGAUGGGAUUCAUUCUGAAGACAAAGUUGUUGUGUAACUGAGGAUGGCUUCGCUCUCCUGAUCCUUCUGUUUUUGCCUCCUGAGUGUUGGUAUUACACGGCACGCUUUGUGCCCUCCCCACCUCCGAACUGCCUCAGUUACAAAGCAGAGGGCAGGCUUGCUGAUCAAGACUGGCAGGCGCAUUUCAAGGUCCCAUGCUGUGGGGUGGAUCCCUCUCAACUUGAGUCAGAAGAGGCAGAAGUGGAUGUGAGAGACACCCAGAGAGACAGAGAGCCAAAGAGGGCGAGAGACUUGACUUUAAGAGACUCCUGUCCUGACAACUCCAUGCAGUUCGGAACCAGAGCGACUGCGGCUGAACCAGGGUUCAUGGGGACAUGGCAAAACGCUGAUACUAACCUCCUGUUCAGAAUGUCCCAACAGGUUCCACUGGCAUGUGCUGGCAGAGUGCUGGGUGCAGACUUUUGCCCAAACCUGGAGGAGCCAGACCAGAGGCUGGAUGUCCAGGCCAUCCGCUGCACACUGGUAAACUGCACGUGUGAGUGUUUCCAGCCUGGGAAGAUUAACCUGCGGACGUGUGAUCAGUGUAAACAUGGCUGGGUGGCGCACGCCUUGGAUAAGCUCAGCACACAGCACCUGUACCACCCCACUCAAGUGGAGAUCGUGCAGUCCAAUGUGGUGUUUGACAUCAGCAGCUUGAUGCUCUACGGGACACAGGCGGUGCCAGUGAGGCUAAAGAUACUGCUGGACCGGCUCUUCAGUGUCCUGAAGCAAGAGGAAGUGCUGCACAUACUACAUGGCCUGGGCUGGACCCUGCGGGACUAUGUCCGUGGAUACAUCCUUCAGGACGCUGCUGGCAAAGUUCUGGACCGCUGGGCCAUCAUGUCUCGAGAAGAGGAAAUCAUCACCCUUCAGCAGUUUCUGCGGUUUGGAGAAACCAAAUCCAUUGUGGAGCUGAUGGCAAUUCAAGAGAAAGAAGGGCAAGCUGUGGCCGUGCCAUCUUCAAAGACAGACUCGGACAUACGAACUUUCAUCGAAAGCAAUAACCGCACCAGGAGCCCCAGCCUCCUUGCUCACUUAGAGAACAGCAACCCUUCCAGCAUCCAUCAUUUUGAGAACAUACCAAACAGCCUUGCGUUUCUGCUUCCCUUCCAGUAUAUAAACCCCGUCUCAGCCCCACUGUUAGGGUUGCCUCCCAAUGGGCUGCUGUUAGAGCAGCCUGGACUGAGGUUGCGGGAACCCAGCAUUUCAACUCAGAACGAGUACAAUGAGAGCAGUGAGUCGGAGGUAUCCCCCACACCUUAUAAGAGUGACCAGACACCCAACAGAAAUGCCCUGACGAGCAUCACUAACGUGGAGCCUAAAACCGAGCCAGCUUGUGUCUCCCCUAUUCAGAAUUCUGCCCCAGUUAGUGACCUAAGCAAAACUGAACACCCAAAAAGCUCCUUCCGGAUUCAUCGUAUGAGAAGAAUGGGGUCAGCCUCGAGGAAAGGAAGAGUUUUCUGUAAUGCAUGUGGGAAGACCUUCUAUGACAAAGGUACGCUCAAAAUUCACUAUAAUGCUGUCCACCUGAAGAUUAAACAUCGAUGUACCAUUGAAGGUUGCAACAUGGUCUUUAGUUCCCUCCGAAGCCGGAAUCGCCACAGCGCAAAUCCCAACCCCCGUCUUCACAUGCCUAUGCUAAGGAAUAACCGAGACAAAGAUUUGAUUCGGGCUACGUCAGGGGCUGCCACUCCAGUCAUAGCUAGUACAAAAUCUAAUCUCACACUCACGAGCCCUGGCCGGCCCCCAAUGGGUUUUACCACUCCUCCACUCGACCCCGUCUUACAGAACCCUCUCCCUAGCCAGUUGGUAUUUUCUGGGCUAAAGACUGUACAACCAGUUCCUCCUUUUUAUAGAAGUUUACUUACUCCAGGGGAAAUGGUGAGUCCUCCAACCUCCCUCCCAACCAGUCCCAUCAUCCCAACCAGUGGUCCCAUAGAGCAGCACCCUCCUCCACCCUCUGAGCCAAUAGUGCCAGCAGUGAUGAUGGGCACUCACGAGCCCAGUGCUGACCUGGCACCUAAGAAAAAGCCUAGGAAGUCAAGCAUGCCUGUAAAAAUUGAGAAGGAGAUCAUUGAUACAGCUGACGAGUUCGAUGACGAAGAUGAUGACCCUAAUGAUGGUGGAACUGUGGUCAAUGACAUGAGCCAUGACAAUCAUUGUCAUUCCCAAGAGGAGAUGAGCCCAGGCAUGUCUGUGAAGGACUUCUCUAAGCAUAGUAGGACCCGGUGCAUUUCAAGAACUGAAAUAAGAAGGGCUGACAGUAUGACAUCUGAGGACCAGGAGCCCGAGCGGGACUAUGAGAAUGAAUCUGAGUCCUCAGAGCCUAAACUUGGUGAGGAAUCCAUGGAAGGGGAUGAGCACAUUCACAGUGAGGUGAGCGAAAAAGUCCUGAUGAACAGCGAGAGGCCUGAUGAGAACCACAGCGAGCCGUCUCACCAGGACGUCAUCAAGGUAAAGGAAGAAUUCACAGACCCCACUUACGACAUGUUUUACAUGAGCCAGUAUGGACUGUACAAUGGCGGGGGGGCCAGCAUGGCUGCCUUGCAUGAAAGUUUUGCAUCGUCUCUGAAUUAUGGAAGCCCUCAAAAAUUCUCCCCGGAAGGUGACCUGUGUUCUAGUCCAGACCCCAAAAUCUGUUAUGUGUGCAAGAAGAGCUUCAAAAGCUCCUACAGUGUGAAGCUUCACUACAGGAACGUUCACUUAAAAGAGAUGCACGUCUGCACAGUGGCUGGCUGCAAUGCUGCCUUCCCCUCUCGACGAAGCAGAGACAGAAACAGAAAUUUAUGGAUGGAAAGAACCGUAGGUCCAGGACAUCGAGACAGCCUGCAUCUCCGUAGACACAGUGCCAACAUAAACCUGCAUCGUAAACUGUUGACCAAAGAACUCGAUGACAUGGGCCUGGACUCAUCGCAGCCCUCCCUCAGCAAGGACCUCCGGGAUGAAUUUUUAAUGAAGAUCUAUGGUGCCCAGCACCCUCUGGGGCUCGAUGUCAGGGAAGAUGUCUCCUCUCCCGCAGGGACAGAAGACUCCCACCUAAAUGGGUAUGGGAGAGGCAUGGCGGAGGACUACAUGGUCCUUGACCUGAGCACCACCUCCAGCCUCCAGUCCAGCAGCAGUAUCCACUCCUCCAGAGAAUCAGAUGCAGGCAGCGACGAGGGGAUUCUUCUCGAUGACAUUGAUGGGGCCAGUGACAGUGGGGAAUCUGCACACAAGGCUGAGGCUCCCACCCUCCCUGGCAGCCUAGGGGCUGAAGUUUCAGGAUCUCUUAUGUUCAGCAGCUUUUCUGGGAGCAAUGGUGGGAUCAUGUGCAACAUUUGCCACAAAAUGUACAGCAACAAGGGGACCCUGAGGGUCCACUACAAAACUGUGCAUCUGCGAGAGAUGCAUAAGUGCAAAGUCCCGGGCUGUAACAUGAUGUUUUCCUCUGUGCGAAGCCGGAACCGGCACAGUCAGAACCCUAAUCUCCACAAAAACAUUCCCUUCACUUCAAUAGAUUAGUCCCAGAACGUACACUACAAAUGCCAGCUCUCACCAGAUGGCCUACAUGUUUGAACUGCCAUAGCCAGUGUGCUUCCAUGGUGGGGCACAUGCGUGUGUGCACAUGUGUGUAGCUCUGUGUCUUCACUUGUGCACCCACCUAUUUCUUUUCUUUAGAUAAAAAUGAUAAACACUAGGUGCUUUUGAAUUUUUUUUCUUUUCCUUUAUAGUUUUGGGAGAGGGUGGAUCUUUUACUUGGGGUAAAAACGAAAGUACCCCUUUCAACACACACACACACACAGGAACACACAUAUGUGUUCAGCUAGCCCCAAUUUUGAUAGAAUAAUUCUUGGUCUUCUCCAAAGAGACAUUUUGUUGUACCUAUGACUGUUGCCUGCAAAAAAUAAAAGGGAAAAAAAGAGAAAAGAAACAAAAAGGAACUUCUUAUAGUUGUCUUUUGUGAACUUGAAGGUUUUGAGAGAAUCUUUAAUUAAAGCAUGGCAGAUUCGCCUGUAAAUAUUUAGCCUUGAGAGGCCAAUGAUGUAAACCAGUUGUAUUGAUUGUUGUUUAAGUCUUCUUUAAUUUUGACAGUUACAUCCAGCUGUUAGAUAUGCAGGAAAUAAAUAGUUUGUUGGCUAGUUCUAUUCAUUUUUGUUAGCAUUAAUGCACAUUUCCUUUAUAUAAACAAAAAAAAAAAAACAAAAAAAAAGCAACCAAAAAAAAAAAAAAACCCAUGGUCUUGUUUUUACUACCUGUUAGAUAUAGUGACUAAGACGUGCUGGCAUGCUUCACAGCGCAGACCUGAGUUUUUAAAAUGUCCCGUACUAGUACAUGAGUCCAGCCAUGCACUUUUUUUCAUACACUACAGGGGGAUGUGUAAUAUCCAUGCUUCUUCUUCUCCUUAAACUCUCGCCAUACUUCAGUGAGUAUCUUUCCUUUAAAAACAACCCACUUGUAUAAAAAUGUUCUGGUCAGUAAAGGGCACAGAUGCCAAACAAAAAGUAUUAGUGUUAACACAAAACUGCCAACUUUGCACAAGUUUUCAGAAAAGAAAAUAUAAUUAGUCACUCAACAUAACCACAGGCCAACUUUUUGGCCACAGAAAACCGCCUUAAAAAAAAAAAAAGCGGCGGUUCUUCUGAGUGCAGAGUGUUAUUAGAAUCAGCUUUGUGUCCUUCCUCCAUGCAUGUUAAGUGACAGUAAUGUGGUGUGACACAGCCGAGUCACUCCUGUAGAGGCAGGAUGCCAUUUCAGGACGCAGUGGCCUGAACUACUCACGAAAGGAGCAGAGCUGAAGACAGUAAGCAUUUGAACACCUAUUUCCAAGGCCCUAACCCUUAUCCUUUGAAAAAGAGGAGAAAGCCUGAGCUGGGUCAGUCUGUUGUAUGUCUCAUUUGUCGCAAAUUCUGCAGCAGCAAGGCAAGUCAGGCCUGCCUAACACACAAAAGUGCAAAGCCCUCCACAGCGGCUGUUCUUGGGAGCUCUGAAAACUCACGUGCUGAACUUGAAUGGAGCAGCACUCCUCUUGGAGCGAGCGAGCGAGCGGCAGAAGGAGAGGGGAAGACAGGAUCUCACUGUGUAGUGUUUUGUGUUUCCCCACACGAAUUUGUCAGAGAGAAAUGAAAGCAAGCCUGCAACCAAGCCAUUGAGAGUGAGAACAAGCGCGGGGAGGGGGGAGGAGACUGCUCCAAACCUUUUUGUUUUGUUUUGUUUCUGAUGUUUACACAUGUUGCCUGAGCUGGUUAACCACAUCGGCAGCCCCGGCUACCACAGCAUACUGACUAAAUGAUGGUAUUUACUCAACUUCGUCUGCAGCCAGAACUGCUGGGGUGUGCCUGCAGAGUGGGUUUUGUUGUCUUUUUCUUUUCUUUUUUUUCCGGGGAGAAGGCGGGGGGGGGGGGGGGGGGGGGCAAACACUAGUAUUUUGUCAAACUACAUAAUAGAGAAUGUAUUUCUUUUCUGCAUUUAAUGGCCUCAAACAUUUCUCCCAACAAUCUAAAACUUAGAAAUACCCUUAGUUUCAAUUUUUCAUAUCAUUUCCAUUUUUUCAUGUUUUAUAAUUUUUUUUCCUGUGCUCACAUCAGCAUUCACUUCCGUUAAAUUCGCCAAAGGAAACUGUUGCUAUGUUUCUGCUAUCAUUCCUGUGCGACUUGUUGUACCUCACAGUAUUUAUUUUUUUUUUCCAAAAUUAAGCAUCAUUCAUUGGGGGUUCCGGAUUUUUAGUUUUUGAGAAUUUCUGAGCAGUACACUCAUAGAGAUGAGCUAGGUGUUCCUAAAGCCUUAUAUCUAUCUCCUUCUGAAGAUGCCAUGGGGUCCACUUGGUCCUUCAUGUAUUCCAUCGCGAGGAAAGACCAAAAGCAUUUGCAGUAUCAAAGAAACUAUCACACGCAAUGUCUGUUAAGUGACAAAUGUUUACGGUAAAAAAGCUGAGGAAUUAGUAAUAACUGUUCUGUUUCCUUGUACCUUUGAUUUCCCCAGAGCUUAGUUGCUUUGUUUGGUGUCGUGUUAAACUGAGCAAGCAGAUGUGUCCCUCUCUUUUAUACAAGACUCUGUACAGUGUGUCUGUGAAAGACUGAACUAGAAUAAUGAACAUUUGUUUGCGAACCCUCCUUCCUCUUAGCGUUCUCUAUCUAGUGCUGUUGUCUGUUACCAACUGCUGGACUCAGAGAGGAUUGAAACAUUGUUACAGUCUCAUCAGAAAUUAUGGAAACGGUCUUUUAGACUACACCUUGUUUUGUGAACAUUGAUAUGCAUUUCUGUUUGAACAACUUUCAAUUGUUACACUCUUAGAGAUGUGAGAAUUCAUUUCUACGAAAUCUGUGUUUAGCGUGUUUAAUCGAAUGUCGAGUAAAAUGUCUAAUGGCUCCCCUCGGUGACUGACCUGGCUGCCAGGAGUCACAUCAGCCAGCAACCUAGACUCUGAACAAGCAUUUGUCACCGCACACCUGGCUAAUGACUACAGCCAACUAGAAAAGGUCCAGAAGGAAUGAGGUUCAAGAAGUGGAGUUUCCCUUGCUAGGAAACUUGAUGUGCAGAAACGGCCCUAGGACCCGGGCAGCUGGCACUUUUUAAGUAUGUCCCUUGUUUGCUCUUGUGCCCAAUUGUUAUGGUGGCCUUUUCAUAACUAAAUAUUCCAGUAUAAAGCCUAUUUGCAUAAAAGGGACAGGGGAGGUGGGUGGAUACAGCCCAUGAAAUGUAGAUUUGUGAGAUACACACUUGUGCUCCCCAGGUUCUUGGGCUUGUCUGAGUGCAGUUCUGGCUUCCCCUGAAGAUGGUGGCCCCCAGGCUUGCCUGCAAAUGGACAGGAUAAGGGGAUGCACACUUUGGUCAGCCACGCUCUUCAUUUCUGCCCAAUCCUGCUCGUUUAUUCCUUCGUAGGAGUUUUCUGCCCAUAAACCGUUUUUAGCUACAUCCAUCUGUUUCUAGCUGAAAAUUAAUAGGAACAUAGAUUUUCAUCCAAGUAGCUCUCUUCCAUUUGAUUGAGUUUUGCCCAAGUUUUAUCGCUGGCAUAUGAUUAGGCCAUAUUAGUUGUGCAUGUUCUCCAGCUAAUGUUGAAGUAUACAAUUCUGAUCUCUUUAAACUAUGUUUUUGUAAAUAUUUGAAAGGCUGGGUCCACUUUAGGGAAUAUCUAUCUGCAUGCUGUGGAGGGGGAGAAAGAGAACAAGGAAAAAGACAGAAGAGUAAUCUGGCUUUGAGAGUGCGAGAAAAGAUAAAAGAGCCUGGUAUUCUUGGUCUACUAGUAAUUGUGUUUAAAUAAACCAGCUCAGCCUAGCUCAUCUUAGCGCAGUCUUAGCGCAGCUGCCCUGGUCAGUCGGAUCCUUUCUUAAGGUUCAAAUGUGCAGACAGUUUCCUUCUCAAUAUGACUAACAUCUUCUUAGAAACCAGUGUUAGCAGAGCAGUGGCACCGUCCUGGUCAUGUGACUCAUUUGGUCAUGGCUUUCCAGGCCUUUCCAGUUACAGCCCAUUAGUGUACACAUUGCUCUAAAGAGGAAAGAAAAGGUCCGAAUCUAUGAAGAAUGAGUUGACUUAGAAGCGUGGCCCAUUGUACUCAGGAGAAACCUGCUUGCCACCUAAUAUAAUAACAUCUCCCCCUCCAUUUCCUCUGGGUACUCCAUAGAUUAUACACCGGGCAAGUGGAUGAAAUGGGGGCUCUUGGCAGUUCAAACACAGACAAGCCAAUAAUGAGACUGAGAUGGACAUAGCAUACCUGAGCAGUCCUUGAUUGAAUCGAGUGUGCUGGCAUUGGGUUCCGCUGAAUAGCAGGAAAUAGAAUCCGCCUGUCCUAGGAUGUGUUGCAUCUGCUGUUGUCAAGGAGCACGAUGCCUAGCAGAGAGUCUAGCUUCCAUCCUGUGGCCAUACCGCUCCUUCGAGCUUUUUUAAAAUUAUGACAAAAUUAAUUACUUUGGCGUUCCCCAAACUAGAAAUAUUUAAAUGAGUGGAUUUUGCUCUUUCCCUCUCAGUCUUUGUUUUUAGGAGGGAUCUAAAUGAGCAAGGAGGGUAAUAAAAGGCAGACGCCAAAAACCAUUGGCUGAGAGUGCAGCUCUCCGUAGGAGAGAGGCGUUUAGCAGAGAGCCGGCUCCAGCUCUGGUUUGAGGGUAGCUGGAAAGGAAAACUGUUAAUGCGUUGCCAGUGGUUGUCCAGGAGAGAAGUCUUUAAGUCAGUCCUGAUGGUGGGUACCAACACAUCCUGCAGGAUCCUGCAGAGGACCCCGUGACCAGGUGAGUCACGGGGCACAUGUCGGGGAGGACUUACAAACAUCUUAAGAUGUUUAUUAUAGGUCAGAAGAGCCAGAACACGCAGCCGUGAGUUUUGGGGUUGCUCUUAUUUUGGGGGUGAGAAGUGAUGGCCAGGUUUCUUUGGAAUCACAGAGAUGCAAGGAGUCACCUAAAUUACAGGCUAGUGAUGAAACCUACUUUUUUUUUUUCCUGUUCUGUUUUUUGAGACAGGGUUUUUGUAUAACAAUCCUGGCUAUCCUGGAACUCCACCUUUGUAGACCAGGCUGGCCUCAAACUCCCAGAGGUCUGCCUGCCUCUGCCUCCCAAGUGCUGGGGUUAAAGGUGUGCACUGCUAGCGCCAGCUCGUGCCCAGCAUGAAGCCUGCUUCUAAUUGCGAUGAGUAGAGAGCAUGCGAGUGACUCACAUUCGCAUGCUGCGGCAGCCUAGACUCGCAGGCUCAUCACACUGUGUGGCCGAUGGUCUUGUGGUCACAAUGGAAGCUGAGGCACAGAGGCAGCUGGUUUCUUCUUUAACUCAGAAUGUUACAUAUUAUUCUUGCCCCUGUCACUCUUAAAAUGUAUCUGAUAUGCCCCGGGCUUGUGCCCAGCCUUCCUGUCAUUGCAGAGGCACUCACUAUAAUGGUAUAACGCAGCUCCUGUUAAUAGAGCCGGCCAGUAGGUCAUCUCCCAUGCUCUUGUCCACAUGCCCCGCCUUCCUCAUGCGGGUUUCCCCACAUUUUACACAGACUUAUUUUUACGGCCCUUCUACAAUAAUUAGAUGACAGAUACUGUCCUUUGGACAUUUAUUUUUUAAAAUUCCAAAUGCCUAAUAACAGGGCUAAAAAGUCCGACACUUUUACAAGUAUACUAAAUUGAGUCAGUGUUAUUGUUCAUUAUAAUUAUAUAUGUAUAUAGAUGGAGCGUAUAUUUGAAGCAACACACUAUAGUUGUCAUAAAGCUAUCUUUAUUCUUCUCCAAAGUGUUCUUGUAAAUUCAUUUGACCUUUACUGCAGGAAAAAAAAAAUUAUAUAGGGUUCAGGACAAGGCUCGGUUUGUAACAAAUAGCAGACCAUUACAAAGAGGAAAGGCAAAAGCCAGGCUGAGCAGCAAGAAGCUUCGGUUCAAUUUCACCUCAUAUCUUUCUAAUAACUUGCUUGUCACUUUAUUACCUCCCAGUAAUGUGGACGCCGCUGACAAGACUGUCACACUAACAGCGGACAACACCCCUUCCCCUUCAGCCCCAGCUCUCCCGGCUGCUCAUUGCCCUGGCCCUGAAGGGACGCAGACUAAUAGCGAGCUUUCCAGUUCAGCACUUGGCCAUCAAAUAUAAAAGGAUGCGUAAUUGCCUGUUUAUCCCUGGUGAAGGGGAAAUUGAGUAGAGGGCCAGGCUUUCCCACCCGUUCCCCGCUGUACACGCUCAUUCACAAUCAGCCCACCUCCUCCAUCUCUCCUGUCUCUUUGUGCCAUCUCCCCCCGCCCCACCCCCGCCAGCUUCUAGCCUCCCAACACAGGAAACCGUAGGCUGCUUCGACAUGCUCGCCCCAGCUAUUAAGUGGACAGUAAAAAGAUGAUGUCUUACAUAAAGGGUCAGCGGAGAGUCACAGUCAGACUGUGCUCUCUUCAUCCCAUUUGGGGAAUGUUGGGUGUGGCCGUGCAAUGAAGACCAUUUCCCUGCCAAUCAGUGGCAUGGGUGGGACUAGCUUGUCCGAAUUCCACGGGGAAAAGAUUAAAACCUUCUUCCUUGUCAAAAAGUGUGUGUGCUGUAAACAAACUGCUUAUGGAUGGCGGCUGAAAAACAGUUUGGGAUGUUUACAUCUUUGGCACCAAACUAUGGCAUUAAAUGUACACUUUAUCUUUCAAUACCACUCUUUAAGUCCGUUAACAAAAUGGAUUAACGUUUAUUUGCCAAACUAAGCUGACAAUCAGAAUAAAAUAAGGCUCCAUUUCUUCAACGUUAGCCAUUAAAACAAUGAAGAUCUUACAUGUGAAAUGUAAAUUCUCCAUUUCGGGAAAUUUGGAGAGGCCGGCGUAUAGUGAGCUCUACAAGAUCAAAGAGCAAAGGCUUACAGGAAGUACAGUCAAAAUGUUGUGUCCCAGAAUACCUUGAACCCAAAUAACGGGUCAUGUUGGUUAUUUCUGGAUAUGAGACUACUUCAAAGGUGGCUUGAAAGGGGCUAACUCGUGAUGAAAUGAAGCAGGCUGUAUUUGCGCCCCUUCUGCCUGGAGCUAAGGGUCAUCAUGCUUCCUGCCAACUGCCAUGGCACCCCCGGCAGAAAGCAGAUCGUGCUGCCAUGAGCAGUCACAGUUCAGAUAAGGUGUUAGUCAACUGAGGUGCCAUGUGGAGGCGUCGUCUUUGUAGACUUUUGCAAGGAAAGGAAGACAGCAGAUUUCGGAGCAGGUAGCAUAAGGUCUAUGUUGACAAACUGUGCUAAGUCACUUCUUGAGCUGGUCUAAGGACUGCAAAGAAAAGCACUUUGAGAAAGAACUUUGGGUCUGAGUGAAGACAGUUCGUGCACUUGAUGGUUUUUACAUUCUCCCGUGUACUUCUAGUAAGCAGUUACCAAACAUCUUACUAAAAUUGUAAUUAAAAACGCAGUUGCCAAAAUUGCACAAAUUAUGCUAGCAAAUACUAGCUUUGUCCCCUGGGCUCUAAGUAAUGGGGAUACACAAGGACAUUUUAUAGUUGUAAUGCUUUAUUUAGUUUUCUUUAAAGAACCUUUGAAGGGAAGGAAGAGCAAAAAAAAAAAAGGUAUUUUAACAGAAACGCAGAGGAGUAGAUAGUAUAAAAGUAUAUUUCUUCAAGAUAGAAUCUAAGUGCUAUACCAAGAUUUUUAUUAGGUUUCCUGUUGCCAAAUGCGAUGUUGAACAAAUAUACUGCUAAGAUGGCCAAGGCAUCAAUUAUUAACCGGCUCUGCCCACUUCUGUUAUGGAAUACAAGGACUGGGAGGAGACUCUGGGGAGACCCCAGGUGUGGGAAAGAGCUCUACUCUGCUGGCCCUGGAAAGGUUUCCAAGAAGGUGAAAACUCCAACUCUCGGGGUGUCCCCCCACCCAUCCUGCAAGGUGGACUGACCUGGCACUGUCUCUGUGGGCACUCACUAGCCUGCCUCUUCCUUGCUAGGAGACAAAGCAUCCUCCCUUCCUCCUCCUGAAUCAGUCUAAUAGCUUGUAUGGAAGCACUGAUUCAUGAGGCAUGAUUGUCUUGAACUCCCAGCCAAUGUGCUGAGUUCAUAGGUUCACUUGAGAUGUAUAAACCAAGACUGACUGUUUAUUCUUUCAAAUCUCAUACUCUCCUUCAAGCAUUUUUGCAUGUCUUUGUACAGAGUUCAUUCAUUCCUCUCAUUGCCUGUCUUAAUCUCUGGCUUUCCAACUGUCCUCACUCUUGCCCUUCCCUCUCCUGAUGUUACCCACUCCCCUCAAAAACAAAUAAAUCUUUGCUGGGGCAGGUGGGUAGAACGCACCCUCCCUUGUCCUGGUGUUGAUCACUUUGGAGAUGUGUGUGUUCUACCCUGCCCAGGUUUACAUAACGGGAAUUAAGCGAAUGAGAUGUUGUAGUAUUAUGUAUUAACACGAUAGGACUAAGACUUAUUGUAUGCAGCGCACUCACUUUCCUGUGCACACUUUGGUUCUGCUGCCCCAUAGAGGGAGCUACCCUUAUUCUGCCAGUGCCAGACUGAGCAGGUGUGGGGGAGAGAGAGCUCAGUGUGGGCCAGGGGGGCAAAGAAGAUUGAGAAACUGAGCAAGACUUGGGUCUGUGGGAUGUGGAGAGAUCCCUCAGUUGGCUAAGAGAACACGAGACUUUUUUUGCCCCCGCUCAAACUCUCUGAUGCAUCUCUAAUUACAAAAACAUUAGUCUCAGCUUUUAUAUUCCAUACUCAAAAGCGGAUAAAGGGAAUUGAAGUAUCUUGAGGGAAAGGAACUUUUCUCCAGAUAUGUCCCUCUCUCGCCUGGAGUUCGGGGACUUGGUCUUUCUUCUUUAUAUUCUCACUUACCUUGAGGUCUCUUCCACCAAGCCUCUGGCAGAACCAACAUCUGCAUCAGGAAAGGCAACUGCACCAAGAGAUGGGACAGCGUGCAUCCCCGACCUAGUAAUUGUGAUGUCGGUAGCUUCAUGAAUACUGUAUGUAUUUUAAUCGAUGGUUUUGUUUUUGUUUCACGUUGUGGUUUGUUUUUAUUAGCAGUCUAAGGUAAUUGAAAUUGUUUAUUUACUAUUUCCUUUGUUGUAUUUUCUGUACUAUAACUGUCUACAAUAUGUCUUUUGCAUAAAAUGCAUAAGGGUUUGGGGAUGUAAAUGGAAUUUUAUUCAUAUUUUGUCCAAAUACCUCUUGUAAUUUGUAUCAAAAUUCUUGUACAAUUUUUAUAUUAAAGAUUUAUCAGUCACUGAA